AACGUUAGCAAACAAGACAGCUCACAAGCUAACGUUAGUAGCAGCUAGUUAGCUUACAUUAACUAGCCAUAUAUAAGCUUUUCUCUUUAUUAACACUACUGAGCAAGCUUAUUUCGCUCUCCUUCUAGCCGUAACUAUAUUCACGCAGGUCUAGAACUAUUUAUGUCCCGUCGGCAUUUAAGCUAUGUUGUUUCGACUUCGCCGCUAAUUUUCGCAGCUCUCGGAUUGUUCCAGUAACAACAGUGUAUCGUUAUGUGGAAGCACAUGACUUGUGCUGUCAGUGUCACCCAAGCGGAGAGACGGCGUGUUCAGCAAAAACUCGUCUGGUAUUUCAAAUGUUUUCUCUUGCACUGUGGUGAUAUAAGUACAUUCUUUAUUGCACGUGUGUGUUGCAGGGUGAGUCAGGAUGGUGGACCAGCCUCUGUGGGAGCAGAUAGGAUCCAGCUUCGUGCAGCACUACUACCAAAUGUUUGACUCUGACCGAUCACAACUCGGAUCCAUAUAUAUCGAUGCGUCAUGCCUUACGUGGGAAGGACAGCAGUUCCAGGGAAAAAGAGCAAUUGUCGAGAAACUCACUAGUCUCCCCUUCACAAAAAUAGCGCAUAGUAUAACAGCGCAGGACCACCAGCCGACUCCAGACAGCUGCAUCUUGAGUAUGGUUGUAGGACAGCUAAAAGCAGAUGAUGACCCCAUCAUGGGUUUCCAUCAGAGUUUCAUCCUGAAGAACAUUAACGAUGCAUGGGUGUGCACCAAUGACAUGUUCAGGCUGGCCAUUCACAACUUUGGUUAACCCCACUCCAAGCUCUGGUGGGCAGGGGCGGCCAUAGUGAAGGGCACUGUGUGAUGAAGUAUGGAGGGGGGGGCAGGGAGGAGUUGAGGAUGGAGAGAAGAGAGAACACUCAUCCCUCCCUCCUGCUGUCUCAUUUACGCCUGUUUUGACAAACAGGCAAACACCGGAUUCUAGAUGUCAAUCACUGAACCUCAUCCAGGUGGGUUUUCAGACCACCCCAGCCAGUAGAACUGCAACAUGUUUCUUUGCUGCGAGCCGGCCGACCAAUCAGAUGCCCCUGUCUGCCACUCCGCUGAUCUGCAUGACGCUGGGAGCCCCCCAUUACAAUAUCUACACUCAAGCCACCAGAAAGACAAACAGCUGACCGACGCCAUUAACUCAUGCUCUUCUCUGCUCUCCACCCUUCUUUACUUAAUUCUAUCCCUUUGUGCUCUACUGUUGACUCCACUGCUGUCAACUCAGUUCUGUUAGCACUGUUGUUGACUGGUUUGUAGAUCCAUGUUCAGGUUCAGAGUCGGCUUCUUCAGCUCCGACUUUUUGUGUUGUAAGUUGUUUUUAGAUGAACACCCGUGUGUUGCCUUAGUGUGUUUAACUAAGUUUUAUCUUCCUUUACAUAAUUGUUUACUUUGCCAUGAUUCACUCUCUCAUGCCAGGUUUUGCUCUCGCAAACCAAAGAGUCAUGGAGGACAUAAAGUUUGACCCUGCUGUGUGAUUGGCUCUGAUCAUUCAUAUUCUCUCUCUCUCUCUCUAUCGCUCUUUCUGUCUCUCUCAAUCUCUGUCUUUCUCUCUCACACACAAGUCUGGCAGUUACCAUGGACUACAGCCACGAUAGACAAUAAAACCUGGACUUUUUUCGUAA